AUGAAGCUGAACUUUAUCUUAUGUGCCAAGGUGAGUCAAGAGCGUGAGUUCUUCGCUGAAAUGCAGGGGGGGGGUGUGCGAGUGGCGUUUAGGAGUUUGGAGAGAACGGAUAAUUCCUAUUUGGAAGAUUGGGAAUGGCACAUUUACUAUGUGCCAUUCUCUUUCGGCAAAGAAAACGAGGGGUUGGAGGAGGGUGUACCCGCAGCGAACGCAGGGCAACAAGAUGACAGUGCAGAGCCAGGUCGCAGGGGAGUCGCAGAAGUGGAAGUAGAGGUCGAGGACGUAGAAAUGGUUGAGGAAGUGGAUACUAGUGAAGAUGAGGCACCUUCUGAAACAGAAGAGGUUACAUACUUAGUUCGCAUGCUUCGUGCGAGAUUCACAAUAUGGCUAAUCGAAGUGAUUAAACCCAGAUUCAACUGCUCGCUAUUUUCUGAUGACCGGCUUUUUGCAAACGAUCUUACUGAAUUCUCUAUUGAGAACAUCGCGUAA